GCCAUUGCUGAGGCUUGAUCCCUACGGGUAGGAAAACGCUUUUUCCCCCUGGGGGUAAAAACACAAUGGGUGAGGCCAUUAAGAUGCCAACCCAGUGCAGCUUGGGCCUGGUGCUGGUGGAGUUUGAAUAUGAAUACACGGGAAGAGACGGUCACCUGGUGUCCAUCAAACCAAAUGAACGUUACAUACUUCUGGCGAAAACGAAUGACCACUGGUGGCACGUGCGGAAAGACAUUCAUGCUAAGCCUUUCUACAUCCCUGCUAAGUAUGUGAAGGAGUUGCCAGCGGACUUUCCUUCGCCCCUGGACUUUUCGUCACCACCCAGCCCUGAACCAAGGCCUACUGUAAAUUUGUCCAAGGAGAACAAAUCAGAUGAAGUGACCAUCCGUCUUCGCUCAUCCAACAAUUACCACAAAACGGAAAACCGCAUGUCGACUUUUGGCGUCCCUUUAGACAUUCAUGAUUCUCCUCCGUUUAACUAUGGCGGCCGUAAUGAUUCUGUCAUGUCCCUUCACUCUCACUCUGCGGCCCCACCACCUUCAGAAGUUUCCCAGCAAAAGAAACGGCCCAGUCUGACUCACAACACUUUGUUCGGCCCACGUAGCGCACCAGCAGAGGAGGCAUCCAACAAAUCCCGUGCGCCCAGUUUCAGCCCGGCAGAUCCACUCCACAAGCCAACCCAGGCCAAACCCGUGGUGAUACCCACUGUCAAGGAUGUUAACAAGGCUAGUGGACCGCAAGGUAAACCAUCAGAACCACCAUUGCCCCUGGAACUACCGAAAGAACCAAAUGCCAGCCGAGAUCCAACACCAUCACCUGAGUCGGAAAAUAUUUAUGAAUCCAUAAUAGACCUGAACCUGGAUGAACCGUCACCGAAUGAGACAGCUUUGAAUUCAAAUCCUUCUCCGGUUACGGAACCUUCGUCUACUUCUCUCUCCUCUUCUCCCUCACAAUCAAAGCUUGAGAAUGCAAGUCCCAACACGGCAGUGUAUGCCAACGUGACAGACCUGAAGAAGACCACUCCACGUCCUCCUAUAUCCUCCACCACCUCCUCCUGCUCCUCCACUGGCACUUCCCUCAGUCCUCUUCCUUUAGACACUGAGGGAUGGGAGGUCCACACUGACCAGGACAGCGGUAAAGAGUUCUAUUUCCAACGGAGCACAGGACAGACCACCUGGACUGAUCCUCGAAGUCCACCUCCUUCAGCAGGCAUGGAGUCAAUGGCACCCAUCCAUCCAGAACCUUCUCCGGCUUCCACUCCGGACUCUGACUGGGAGCAGGUUUUGGACGAGACAAGUGGAAGGCACUACUACUACAACCCGACAUCAGGUCAGACGUCCUGGUCUGCACCAGAUCAGGCAACCUCUCCUAACUCUUCUCAUCCGGAGGAGAACCAGAACCAGAGCAAGAAGGAGGAGGAUGGGCCGCCUCCUCUCCCAGAGGAAGACUAUCCCAUGGAUGAUCUCGACCGGCACCCAAACUCCCCCAUCUUGCCCAAAGAUUUUCAGCUGCCGCCAAUCAAGACUGCCCUUAUCCCGAGGGCCAACUUGGACCCGGCUGUCCCAGUGGGCUGGACCCGCUCUCUUGAGCCAGAUGGAAAAACAAUAUUCACCAGUGAGCGCACGCACGAGCAGUGGAUCCAAUCUGUGGAUGAGAAGGGGAAACCAUACUACUAUCUUCGCGAUGGAUCCAAAUCUCAAUGGAACCUCCCAGAGGCCCCUGCCCAGCCCAGUCAGCCUCCUCUGGGGAAUGGUGUGGACCAGGACAAAGGAAUUGUCCUGAAGAACUGGAGGCACACCAUGAGCUCCUCACAGUUUAACGCCUCACAGGAAGACAUGAAGUUCCACCCAACCCACAGAAGAAAUGUGUCUGACUACACAAGUGACGUGUCCAGCUCAGGAAACUCUCCUGAAAUGCAUCAUCCUAUUGACCGAGUGAACCUAAAGAGGAACCUGUCCAAUCGCAGCUCAGAUUCACACCAUGGUGGGCUACUGGAAAAGGCUGGAAUUCUCAACAAAACCAAAGUGGCUGAGCAUGGCAAGAAACUGAGGAAAAACUGGACCCAGUCGUGGACUGUGCUUCACGGUGGAGUCCUAACGUUUCACAAAGAUCCCAAAUCUACACCUGCUGGGACAGCAAGCAAGACCAAUCAGAUUGUUCCAGAAUAUACUGUGGAACUGAGAGGUGCCACCAUCACUUGGGCCACUAAGGACAAGUCCAGCAAGAAACAUGUUUUAGAGCUGAAGACCCGGCAUGGGUCAGAGUAUCUGAUCCAGUAUGACACUGAAAGCAUCAUCAAUGACUGGUACAAGAUCAUAGUAGACACCAUCAAACAACUGGAUUUUGAUCAUUACUCAGAAGAGGAAGAAGAUGAAGUUUUGACGGACAAACAGCCGUUUGAGAGAGAAGACAAAGAUAAAAAGAGGAGCUCCACUAGACAAAGCGCGCCGGGAGCCACUGACUCAGAACAGGGUCGUGUUCGCACAAAACUGCGCAAGUUUCUCCAGCGGAGACCCACCUACCAGGCUGUCAAAGAGAAGGGCUACAUCAAAGAUAAUGUCUUUGGCUGUCAUCUGGAUGUUCUUUGUCAUCGAGAGAACACCACUGUGCCCAGAUUUGUGGAGAAGUGUAUCAAAGCUGUAGAGAAGAGAGGCCUGGAUAUCGAUGGUAUUUACAGGGUGAGCGGAAACCUUGCUGUGAUCCAGAAACUGCGUCAUAAAGCUGAUCAUGAGGAAAACUUGGAUCUGGAUGACGGACAGUGGGAGGAGAUCCACGUGAUUACGGGAGCGCUGAAGCUGUUUCUACGGGAGCUCCCGGAACCCCUUUUCCCCUACAGCUUCUUCGACAAGUUCAUCGCCGCCAUCCAAGUUAGUGAUUACAACCAAAGAGUAUCUUACAUGUUUGAUCUUGUGAGGUCCCUCCCCUUGCCGAACCACAACACCAUGGAAGUUCUCUUCAGACAUUUACGCAAGGUGAUCAGCCACGGCGAGUCAAACCGCAUGUCUGUCCAGAGCACGGCCAUUGUUUUCGGCCCCACGCUGCUUCGUCCUCAAGAGGAGUCGAACAACAUCGCCGUCUAUAUGGUCUUCCAGAACCAGAUUGUCGAGCUCAUUCUUAACGAGUUCGAGAAGAUCUUCCUGUCUAGAUCAGCCUAAGUCGGAGGACGUCAAGAUCACCCCUGACUUACCUGUUUUGGGUUUUUUUUGGGGGGGGAGGGGAGGGACCAGGGUGAUCCUCUUUCGCUACUCAGUGGAAUGCCAAGAAAUUGACUAUUGUAAAAGACUGUCUACUUACGAAUACAUGUGACAGAUAAAGACUGUCAUCAGGUUUGACCUGAGAGGUUUUAGAUUUGUUCGGCGUAAAAACGGCUCCUGAUCUCAUUCAUCCACGGCCCUAACACCACCGUGUUCAGUCCUCAAC